AUGGACGACAUCCUGGCAGGCGCGGAGACCAUGAAAGAAGCCGAGGUCAUGAUCCAACAGCUGAUGGAGAUCUGCAGGGCGGGCGGCUUCUCGCUUAAGAAAUGGUCGGCAAACCAUUCGCUGUUGCUAAACCAAGUGGAGCCCGACGACCGUCUUCAACAAAAGGCUAGAUGGUGGCUGCCCGGCGAGAGUCACUCUAUUCUCGGUCUAAGAUGGCAACCACGUGACGAUCUCUUCGCAUUCGCUACCAAAGCGAUCACACUAUCGACCUUCAGCAAACGGUCGGUACUUUUGUUGACAGCGAAAAUGUUCGACUUUCUUGGCUGGCUGGCACCAACAACGAUAUUAGCAGAAAUCUUCAUCCAGUCUAUCUGGUUGCUAGGUCUGGAUUGGGACGCUUCGCUACCUACCGACGAAGCGAGAAGAUGGUUGCGAUUCCAGAGCGAGCUGCCAGCUCUGGAAAAAGUGAUCGUACCUCGAUGGCUGGGAGGUGUGACUGAAUCAAUGCUGGAAAUCCACGGAUUCGCCGAUGCCUCCGAGCGUGCCUACUCCGCAGUGAUCUACCUGAAGAGCAAAACAAAGGGCAUUACUAAGGUGACUCUCUUAGCCGCCAAAACCAAGGUCGCGCCAUUGAAGCAGGUAUCAUUACCUCGACUGGAGCUAUCUGCAGCGACUCUUCUGGCUCGUCUCGUCGCCCACACCUUGCCGAUCAUUGGAGCUGAAAGGGCACCUCUUCACAUGGUCGGAUUCCACAGUCACGCUCGGCUGGAUCCGAGGACAUCCAUCGACGUGGGCCACCUAUGUGGCCAAAGGGUCAGCGAGAUACAAACGCUGAUCCCUGAUGCCCACUGGCAUCACGUACCAGGACGAGAAAAUCCAGCGGACUGUGCUUCUCGGGGACUAUAUCCUGCGGAGGACCUCCCAGAGAGACGAGUCCGGGCCCACGCCGCCGCCGUUGCCGAGCUGGAACCCGAGUCAGAAUUGCUGCUGCGCUAUUCUUCUCUGACCAGACUGCUGCGGAUCACUGCAUGGUGCCGUCGCUGGUGGCUGAUCCACCGCCAGCUUUGUCACACUCAAAGCCAGUCUAACGUAAUCAGCGCCGACGACCUGACGGAAGCCCGCCUCUCCUGGGUGAGAUUGAUCCAGGCUGGAAAGUUUAAAGAAGAGAUUAGACGGUUGCGAAAUGGAACGCCGCUGCCGUCGCGAAGCGCCCUGCUAAAACUAAAUCCAUUUCUGGACAGCGAGGGACUUCUACGCGUCGGCGGGCGCCUCAGCAACGCUGACCUGCCGUAUGAUGCCACUCAUCCGCUAAUACUGCCCAGCGAGUCUACAUUCACUAACCUCGUCGUCGAUGACCACCACCAGCGGACUCUACACAGCGGGACGCAGCUGACCUUGUGCUCUUUACGUCAGGAAUAUUGGGUUCCUCGAGGUCGCUCGCUGGUAAAGAGACGCAUCAGCCGAUGUGUCAGGUGCAUAAGAUGGCGAGCCGCCAUCCCACAGCCUCUCAUGGGCGACCUCCCGGAGCCAAGGGUCAAACCAAGCAGGCCGUUUCUCCACACCGGCAUCGACUACGCCGGACCAGUUUGGAUGAGAACCUCUAAGGGUCGCGGACACAAGGCAACGAAAGGUUUCAUUGUCGUUUUUGUCUGUUUAGCCUCUAGAAUCGUUUACCUCGACGUAGCCUCGGAUUACUCCGCCGACGCCUUCAUCGCGGCCUUGUGCCGGCUGAUCUCCAGGCGUGGGGUCUGCAUCUCAUUGUACAGCGACUGCGGAACCAAUUUCGUGGGUGCUGACAGGCAGCUAGGCGCUCUCUUCUCCGCUGCCAGUGCCGACGGACGCCGCAUCGCCGCAUUCACCGCACAGGAGAAAAUCCGGUGGCAUUUUAAUCCACCGGCGGCACCGAACUUCGGCGGUUUGUGGGAAGCCGCGGUGAAGUCCAUGAAACACCAUCUGCGACGAGUAAUAGGUGAUGCCCAUCUCACCUAUGAGGAGAUGGCGACGCUGCUCUCACAGAUUGAGGCUUGCCUCAAUUCUCGACCGCUGCAGCCCCUGUCCGAUGAUCCUGAAGACGUAGCGGCUCUCACCCCGGGACACUUCCUAAUCGGUUCCGCUCUCUCCGCCGUACCGGAACCGUCGCUCGAGAGAAAACCUUCGGCCCGAUUAUCUUGCUGGCAGCUCCUGCAACAGAUGAGGGACCAUUUUUGGUCCCGGUGGUCCAGCGAGUACUUACAUACGCUGGCCCACUGGCCAAAAUGGUCCCGAGUCAAUCAGGAGGCUUGCAUCGGUCGGCUGUGUUUGCUUCGAAGCGAGAAUACUCCACCAACGAGGUGGCCGCUCGCGCGCAUCACGCGAUUGCACCCGGGAUCCGACGGCCACGUGCGCGUGGUCGAACUACGUACCGCAAAUACUAAUUUGACGCGACCCGUAAGCAA